GAUAACCCCAAGACCACCCUAUGGAGGUUACUGGAAAUAUAGAAUGGUAGCAACAUAUUCAUGUAAUAGUGGCUACUCAUUGAUUGGUGCAGACAAACUUGUUUGUACAAAGUCUGGAAAGUGGGACAACUUCCCACCGACAUGCAAAGCCAUCAGAUGUGAAAACCUCCUCAUUAUACAUAAUGGGAGAACCCCAAAACCACCCUAUGGAGGUUACUGGAAAUAUGGAAUGGUAGCAACAUAUUCAUGUAAUAGUGGCUACUCAUUGAUUGGUGCAGACAAACUUGUUUGUACAGAGUCUGGAAAGUGGGACAACUUCCCACCGACAUGCAAAGUUACCAUUAAAUAUAAUAAUAAUCCAUCAAUUAAUGAUGGGACACCUUCAAUAUCACACAAUGUUACACCUUGUGGUAACCCUGGGGAGAUUCCGAAUGGAUAUUAUAAGGCUCCAAAUAAAACAGUUGGAAAUAAAGUUACUUUUUAUUGUGACAUUGGAUACAAGAUGGUGGGUAAAGAUUAUCGACAAUGUACAGCAGAGGGAUGGGAUGGUGAGGUUCCAUCCUGUGAACCAAUAACCUGCAAUGACCCAGAAAAUAUUCCACAUGGAUAUUAUAGGACACCAAAUAAGGCAUUUGGAGCUAGAGUUACUUACUACUGUGACAUUGGAUACAAAAUAGUGGAUAGAGCUUAUCGACAAUGUACAUCUGAGGGAUGGGAAGGCGAUGUCCCAUCCUGUGAACCAAUAACCUGUGGUAACCCUGGAGAGAUUCAGAAUGGAUAUAAUAGUGCACCAAAUAAAACUAUUGGAAGUAAAGUAACUUUUUAUUGUGAUAUUGGAUAUACGAUGCUGGGUCGCGAUUAUCAGAAAUGUACAUUCAAUGGUUGGGAUGGUGAGGUUCCAUCCUGUGAACCAAUAAACUGCAGUGUCCCUGCUAAGAUUCUGAAUGGAUAUUAUGAGGUUGCAAAUAAGACAUUUGGAAGAAUAGUGACCUUUUAUUGUAAUGUUGGAUACAAGAUCGUGGGUAGAGAUUAUCAACAAUGUACAGCUGAGGGAUGGGUUGGUGAUGCUCCAUCCUGUGAAUCAAUAAAUUGUGGUGACCCAGGUUCAAUUCUAAAUGGAUAUUAUAAAGCACCAAAAUGGACAGUUGGAAGUAAUGUUACCUUUUAUUGUGACAUUGGAUACAAAAUUAUUGGCAGAGAUUAUCGACAAUGUACAGCUGAGGGUUGGGAUGGCGAGAUUCCAUUAUGUGAACCAAUAACCUGUGGUCAUCCUGGAGAGAUUCUGAAUGGGCACUAUAAGACUCUAAAUGAGACAGUUACAAAGAAAGUUACUGUUUAUUGUGACUUUGGAUACAAGCUGGUGGGUAGAGCUUAUCGACAAUGUACAGCAGAGGGGUGGGAUGGUGAUGACCCAUCCUGUGAACCAAUAAACUGUGGUGACCCUGGUUCAAUUCCGAAUGGAUAUUAUAAAGUAUCAAAUUGGAAAGUUGGAAGUAAUGUUACUUUUUAUUGUGACAUUGGAUACAAAAUUAUUGGCAGAGAUUAUCGACAAUGUGCAGCUGAGGGUUGGGAUGGCGAGAUUCCAUCAUGUGAACCAAUAACCUGUGGUCACCUUGGAGAGAUUCCGAAUGGGCAAUAUAAGGCAUUAAAUGAAACAGUUCCAAAUAAAGUUAUUUUUUAUUGUGAUACUGGAUACAAGGUAGUGGGUAGAGCUUAUCGACACUGUACAGCUAAGGGAUGGGAUGGUGAUGACCCAUCCUGUGAACCAAUAAACUGUGGUAACCCUGGUUCACUUCCGAAUGGAUAUUAUAAAGCACUAAAUUGGACAAUUGGAAGUCAUGUUACCUUUUAUUGUGACAUUGGUUACAAACUUAUCAGCAGAGAUUAUCGACAAUGUACAGCUGAGGGUUGGGAUGGUGAGGUUCCAUUGUGUGAACCAAUAACCUGUGGUUACCCUGGAAAGAUUCUGCAUGGGCAUUAUAAGGCUCUAAAUGAAACAGUUCCAAAUAAAGUUAUUUUUCAUUGUGAAUUUGGGUUCAAGAUGUUGGGUAGAGCUUAUCGACAAUGUACAGCUGAUGGUUGGGAUGGUGAUGUCCCAACGUGUGAACCAAUAAACUGUGGAAACCCUGGUUCAAUUUUGCAUGGAUAUUAUAAAGCAUCAAAAUGGACAGUUGGAAGUAAUGUUACAUUUUACUGUGACAUUGGAUACAAAAUUAUUGGGAGAGAUUAUCAGCAAUGUAUGGUUGAUGGUUGGGAUGGAGAGGUCCCAUCCUGUGAACCAAUAACCUGUGGUAACCCUGGGGAGAUUCUGAAUGGACAUUAUAAAACAUCAAAUGAAACUGAUGGAAAUAAAGUGUUUUAUUAUUGUGACUUUGGAUACCAGAUAGUGGGUAGAGAUUAUCGGCAAUGUACAGCUGAGGGUUGGGAUGGUGAUGUCCCAUCCUGUGAAUCAAUAACCUGUGGUAACCCUGGUGAGAUAGUGAAUGGAUAUUAUAAUGCACCAAAUAAGACAGUUGGAAAUAAUGUUACUUUUUAUUGUGACAUUGGAUACACUAUGCUGGGAAAUGGUUAUCGGAUAUGUACACCCAAUGGUUGGGAUGGUCAAGUUCCAUCCUGUGAAUUAAUAAACUGUGGUAACCCUGGCGAAAUUCCAAAUGGAUAUUAUGUAGCCUCAAAUGAUACAGUUGGAAAUAAAGUGACCUUUUAUUGUGACAUUGGGUACAAGAUGGUGGGCAGAGAUUAUCGACAAUGUACAGCUGAAGGAUGGGUUGGGGAUGUUCCAUCCUGCGAACCAAUAAACUGUGGUAACCCUGGUUCACUUCCAAAUGGAUAUUAUAAAGCAACAAAUUGGACAACUGGCAGUAAUAUUAUCUUUUAUUGUGAUAUUGGUUACAAAAUUAUGGGCAGAGCUUAUCGACAAUGUACAGCUGAGGGUUGGGAUGGUGAGGUUCCAUCAUGUGAACCAAUAGCCUGUGGCCACCCUGGAGAGAUUCUGAAUGGGCAUUAUCAGGUUCUAAAUGAGACACUUGCAAAUAAAGUUAUUUUUCAUUGUGAUGUUGGGUACAAGAUGGUGGGUAGCGCUUAUCGACAAUGUACAGCUGAGGGGUGGGAUGGUGAUGUCCCAAUCUGUGAACCAAUAAAUUGUGGACAUCCUGGCUCAGUUAUGAAUGGAUAUUAUAAAGCAUCACAAUGGACAGUUGGAAGUAUUGUUACCUUUUAUUGUGACAUUGGAUACAAAGUUACUGGCAGAGAUUAUCGACAAUGUACAGCUGAGGGUUGGGAUGGUGAAGUUCCAUCCUGUGAACCAAUAACCUGUGGUAACCCUGGGGAGAUUCUGAAUGGACACUAUAUGACACCAAAUGAAACAGUUGGAAAUAAAGUGUUUUUCUAUUGCGACUUUGGAUACAAGAUAGUGGGUAGAGAUUAUCGACAAUGUACAGCUGAAGGUUGGGAUGGUGAUGUCCCCUCCUGUGAACCAAUAAGCUGUGGAAACCCUGGUUCAAUUCUGCAUGGAUAUUAUAAAGCAUCAAAAUGGACAGUUGGAAGUAAUGCUACUUUUUAUUGUGACAUUGGAUACAAAAUUAGUGGUAGAGAUUAUCGACAGUGUACAGCUGAUGGUUGGGAUGGUGAGGUUCCAUCCUGUGAACCAAUAACCUGCGGUAACCCUGGGGAGAUUCUGAAUGGACAUUAUAGAAUGAUAUCAAAUGAGACUGUUGGAAAUAAAGUAUUUUUUUAUUGUGACUUUGGAUUCAAGAGAGUGGGUAGAGAUUAUCGACAGUGUACAGCUCAGGGUUGGGAUGGUGAUGUCCCAUUCUGUGAACCAAUAACCUGUGGUAGCCCUGGUGAGAUAUUGAAUGGAUAUUAUAAUGUGCCAAAUAAGACAGUUGGAAGCAAAGUUAUUUUUUAUUGUGACAUUGGAUUCACAAUGCUGGGUAACAAUCAUCGGAAAUGUACAACUGAGGGUUGGGAUGGUGAAGUUCCAUCCUGUGAACCAAUAAACUGUGGUAACCCUGGUGAAAUUCAGAAUGGAUAUUACAUAGCCUCAAAUGACACAGCUGGAAAUAAAGUGACCUUUCAUUGUGAUGUUGGAUACAAGAUGGUAGGCGGAGACUAUCGACAAUGUACAGCUGAGGGAUGGGUUGGGAAUGUUCCAUCUUGUGAACCAAUAAACUGUGGUAACCCAGGUUCACUUCCAAAUGGAUAUUAUAAAGCAUCAAAUUGGACAGUUGGAAGUAAUAUUACCUUUUAUUGUGACAUUGGAUACAAAAUUAUUGGCAGAAAUUAUCGACAAUGUACAACUGAGGGUUGGGACGGCGAGAUUCCAUCAUGUGAAUCAAUAACCUGUGGUCACCCUGGAGCGAUUCUGAAUGGACAUUAUAAGGUUCUAAAUGAAACAAUUCCAAAUAAAGUUAUUUUUUAUUGUGACUUUGAAUACAAGAUGGUGGGUGGAGCUUAUCGGCAAUGUACAGCUGAGGGAUGGGAUGGUGAUGUCCCAACCUGUGAACCAAUAAACUGUGGAAACCCUGGUUCAAUUCUGCAUGGAUAUUACAAAGCAUCAAAAUGGACAGUUGGAAGUAAUGCUACUUUUUAUUGUGACAUUGGAUACAAAAUAAUUGGCAGAAAUUAUCGACAGUGCACAGCUGAUGGUUGGGAUGGUAUGGUUCCAUCCUGUGAAGCAAUAAUCUGUGGCAACCCUGGAGAGAUUCUGAAUGGACAUUAUCAGACACCAAAUGAUACAGUUGGAAAUAAAGUGUUUUAUUAUUGUGACUUUGGAUACAAGAUAGUGGGUAGAGAUUAUCAACAGUGUACAGCUGAGGGUUGGGAUGAUGACGUUCCAUCCUGUGAACCAAUAACCUGUGGCAACCCUGGCGAGAUAUUGAAUGGAUACUAUAAUGCACCAAAUAAGACAGUUGGAAAUAAAGCUACCUUUUAUUGUGAUAGUGGGUACACAAUGCUGGGUAAUGGUUAUCGGAAAUGUACACCAGAGGGUUGGGAUGGUGAGAUUCCAUCCUGUGAACCCAUAAGUUGUGGUAACCCUGGGGAAAUUCUGAAUGGACAUUACAAGGAGGCAAAUGAGACACUUGGAAAUAAAGUUAUUUUUUAUUGUGACUUUGGAUACGAGUUGGUGGGUAGAACUUAUCUUCAAUGCACAGCUGAGGGGUGGGAUGGUGAUGUCCCAUCCUGUGAAACAAUAACAUGUGGUAACCCUGGAGAGAUCCUGAAUGGAUAUUACAGUGCUCCAAAUAAAACAUUUGGAAAUAUGGUUCAUUUUUAUUGUGAUAUUGGAUACUCAAUACUGGGUAGAGAUUAUCGGCAAUGUACAACUGAGGGUUGGGAUGGCAAGGCUCCAUCUUGCGAACCAAUAAACUGUGGUAACCCUGGCAAGAUUCCGAAUGGGUAUUAUGAGGCACCAAACAACACAAUUGGAAAUAAAGUGAUUUUUUAUUGUGAUGUUGGGUACAAAUUGGUGGGUAGAGAUUAUCGACAAUGUACAGCUAAGGGAUGGGAUGGUGAUGUUCCAGCUUGUGAACCAAUAAACUGUGGAAACCCUGGUUCAAUUCUGAAUGGAUAUUACAAAGCAUCAAAAUGGACAGUUGGAAGUAAUGUUACAUUUUAUUGUGAAGUCGGAUACAAAAUUAUUGGCAGACAUUACCGACAAUGUAUGGCUGAUGGGUGGGAUGGUGAGAUUCCAUCCUGUGAACCAAUAAUCUGUGGUAACCCUGGGGAGUUUCUGAAUGGACAUUAUAAGACACCAAAUGAGACAGUUGGAAAUAAAGUGCAUUUUUAUUGUGACUUUGGAUACAAGAUAGUGGGUAGAGGUUAUCGGCAAUGUACAGCUGAGGGUUGGGAUGGUGAUGUCUCAUCCUGUGAAUCAAUAACCUGUGGUAACCCGGGUGAGAUUCUACAUGGGUAUUAUAAUGCACCAAAUAAAACAGUUGGAAAUAACGUUACAUUUUACUGUGACUUUGGAUAUGCAAUGCUGGGUCGUGAUUAUCGGAAGUGUACACCUGAGGGUUGGGAUGGUGAGGUUCCAUCCUGUGAACCAAUUAACUGUGGUAACCCUGGCAAUAUUCUGAAUGGAUAUUAUGUGGAACCAAAUGUCACAGUUGAAAAUAAAGUUACCUUUUAUUGUAAUGCUGGAUACAAGCUUUUGGGUCGAGAUUAUCGGCAAUGUACAGCUGAGGGAUGGGAUGGUGAUGUUCCAUCCUGUGAAUCACAAAGUGCACUUGUAGGAAUGACUGCUGGAAUUAACAUGGGUGUUGUUGCUGUCCUUGGCUUCAUUUUUUGUGUCGCAUGCUGUUAUCGAAAACGAUCAUUAUCAAACAAAGGGGAAUAUCAUCUUGCCAGCAGUAUUCCCAUGAGCUCUGAUGACAACCAAAUGGGCCCUCAUUCUGAUUCCUGUAAUCGUCCAGUAUAAUUGUUGAAGAUUUCAAAUUGAAAAAGUAGAUCAAGAGACUUAAAGGGAUCUUUAUCCAAAAUAUAGCUUUCCGCAGUCUCCCCUCUAAAACAAUUCAAAGGACAUAUGUUGAAUCCUCAUCCGCUUUAAAGGAAAUUUGGAACUACAUGUAACAACAAUAACAUUUUAAUAAAACAGUCUGAAUUUAUUUAGUUUGUUCUGGAAAUCAGUGCAGUAGCAACUACAAUGCACAAUCGAUAGAAAGAUAUUUCUUUGGGCAUUUAAGAUAGUUUAACGAUUGUUAUUGUGAAAAUUAUGUGCAAUGUUACAUUUAUUUUAAUACAUCUUCACCACUUGGUCACUGCAUUGUUUCCAAAAAGGCAAAAAGAAUCAGACUUGAGCUGUAAACAAAAAAAACAAGGAACUGCAGAUGCUGAAAAUCAGAAGCAAAAUCAGAUAUUACUGGAAAAAUUCAGCAAUUCUGGCAGCAUCAUGGAGAGACAGCAGAGAUAAUGUUUCAGGUGCAGUGAGCAUUCUUCAGAACAGAACAGAUAUUUCUGUUGAUCUGGAUCCAAAAUUUUGUCUGCACAGAUGCUACCAGAACUGUUGAGUUUUUCCAGCAGUUUCUGAUUUUGUUUCAGGCUUGAACUGAUUGACUUCCUGUGGGAAAUACCCAGCUCAGUAAAAUAAUAAAGUUUGAUAUUGACUAGUUAGGAGUAAGAGAAGAAUAUCUUUGCCACAUUUGUUUUUGAUCUUGAGGAUAUGAUAAAUGAUAGUGUUUGUAUAUAUUACCAACAUGAAAGCAAAAUAUUCUGUAUGCUGGAGAUUUAAAUUUUUUUAAAAAGUGCUGCAGAAACUCUAAGUGUCUGGUGGAAUGUGUUGCAAGAGAACCGGAACCCAAUAUAACUUUUUAGAGCUGUAUAUAUCAUACUAGUUUUUAAAAAAAAUAAAUUUGUAAAACUUGUUUACAGAAACGUUUUUUGUAUUUUAACAUUUGUUUUCUGUUGGUUCAGAUGCUUUCAUUUUGCUUCCACAAAGAGCUUAUAUUUCUAGCAACCACAUAGUCUAAGCAAUCUUUGAAUUUCAUUGGUGAUAGAUAUCUGAAGAUAACCACAAUUUAAAUAUUUGAUUUUGUCUGAAAUAUUUUUCACCAGUAAAUAUGGUGGAAACCACACAAUUGGCUAACUCAUUUUUCAAAAUCUUAGAACUCAUAUCAUGUUUCCAUGGUAGCAACACAUCAAAUUAAUGAUACUGGGCUCAACAAUGGUAUAUCUCCUUUUUAAACAAACAGCACAAAUUGUUUGAGACAGUUGUCUUGUCAGCUGAUGAGAGACCCCUUCUGCUUUUGCUAGGGAAAGUCUAUUGAAUCACACAUGAAAUAGAUAAUGGAAAAGCUAAAGGAACUAUCAUAGCUCCAUCCCGUGAAAUCUUUAAGACACAACAUUACAUUAAUUCCAUGAGAAGUUUUCAUUGUCAGGGCUGUCAUUCAGCAGAUCAUGCCUAGUUAAGCUUGCAAAAGUAAUAUAAAUAUUCAUAGCAUAUGGAUAUUCAUCUGUAAUGCUGAUACUAGAAAAAAUGCAGUUUUUUAAAGUUCUUUUUUAUCAUGUUAAUGCCUCUGGUAAGGCUUGUCAUUAAGAUAAUGUAAUUUCUUUCACCUCAAAUGCUUCCAUGCUUCUUGCAAUAAAACUCUGAAUAUUCAUUCAUGAUUUUAUUAUGGUAUUGAAGUUUGUAGAUAAUAUUUUUAAUAACUUCUGAACCUGAAUGCCAAAUCACAAUGUAAUUCCGCAACAUUCAGCUUCCUCAGUUCAAAGUAUAAAACAAUCCUAAAAGAAAAUGUUUGUAAUAUGUCUUGCAUUUCUGCUUUAAUUUCCAUAAAUGUUUGCUUUAAUGCUUAGAAAACAUUUUAAAAAGCACAUAACUUCAUACUGUUCAAGCAGCUAGUUACAUUUUAAAGUUGUAAAUCUGCGGGUAUUUGAUUUUUACCAAAUGUCAGGUUAACAGGUUUCUUUUGUGAUGUUUUACUUACAUUCUAUUUCAGCCUGCCUUGCUGUUAUAGUAAAAAGAUUUGAAUAAUUAAUAAACACAUGUGGGUUAUGUGUACAUUGGUUUUGUGUGUUUGUGAACAAAUUUAAAUAAAAGUGAUGUAACCUUUUCUUAAAA